UGUUGUUUACAAAUGGCGGACGGAGAACAUUUUCAAAACCUUUCAAAUUUCCAACAAGAUUUGUCGCUAGCUGCUGCAAAUGGCGAUAUUACGUUGCUAAGGAGAUUGCUUGAGAAAGGAUGUGAUCCCAAUAAGAAAUCUGCAGAUGGCAUGUCUCCACUUGCAAUAGCAGCAUUCUGGGGAUAUGCUGAAAUAGCACAGGUUCUGCUUGAAGAUGGUGCUGAUGUAAAUGCAACAAAUGGUGGCACGUUAUGGACACCUCUCCAUUGUGCUGCAUUCCAAGGUCACGGCAAAGUCAUAAUGAGGUUAAUGGAGAAACAGCCCAACCUAACUCUGAGGGACAAUAAUGAACGCACGGCAGCAGAUUUUGCCUCUGCUCUCGACUCAAUCUGGUCAUUUUUUGCAGCCGCAGGAUGUGAAAGAACACCAAAGGCUGAUCUAAUAAAAUUAAAUAUUGUACAAAAAGUUAAAACGGAGGAUCCUGGCUUAUCCAGGUCAGACUAUGCCCACUUUUCCCGUCCUGGCUCUGCCUACGCCAUGAGGCCACAACCAAUGAGAGGCUACUCAGAUCCAAAUAUGGAGGUGGCUUCAAUCACGGGAGAUGUCCUUGCUUCUAUGCCAGAAGAACCAGAAACAAAAAACAGUGACAGUCCAAAUAUAUUGCAUAUGUGGAACAAUUGACACCAGCUAGACAUUAGCAGAACAAUUGACACCAGCUAAACAUCAGCUGAACAAUUGACACCAGCUAGACAUUAGCGGAACAAUUGACACCUGCUGAAACAUUAUGUUGGAAUGAUAGAAUGUUGAGAUAAGCUGGAGAUUACAACAUUAUGUUGGAAGGUGGACAGACACUAGCUAAAUAUAACAAUCUAAAGUUGGAGAGUUGAGACAAGCUUAACAUUCUGACAAUUUGUCAGACAUCUAACACUAUUGUAACAGUGCUACAUAACAAGAUACCCACUUGAGUACACUAAACUUAUAUGUGCUGAAUGGUUAUGUGUGGUACAGGCUGGGUGCUUUAUAAUUGUUGAAAUUCAAACAUUCCAAAACAUUCAAACAUUGUUGAAAUUCAAACAUUCCAAAACAUUAAAACAUUGUUGAAAUUCAAAAAUUCAAAAACAUUCAAACAUUGUUGAAAUUCAAACAUUCCAAAACAAUCAAACAUUGUAGAAAUUCAAUGAUUCCAAAACAUUCAAACAUUGU